AAAGCCCAUAGAGCCAGACCUGGACAAAAAAGUUAGCACAAGAACUCUGACUCCCCAAAACCUAGCUCGAGGUUUUUUUUGUUUCAUUGGUAUAGCUCUCUUGAGGUCUCAUCACUCUUAAGUAGGCUAUUGGUGAAUCGUUUCUCCGUUUGAAAUCUUGCAAAGAAUGGUUGGGAAACAUUUGGUUCAGGUCUCCACAUGCCCAACAGUGCUGUCUUCAUCAUUAAUUACCCUCCCGCAUGGUUCUUCAAAUUGCUUGCCUUGUCUUCCCUCAAGACCACGAAUGAAAUUCACAAGGGUAAGAGCUAUGUCUUCUGAUGCAGCACAUAGCCAGCCAUCCUCUUCUUCAGAUAAAAAGAAUCCACUUGCAGUUGUUUUGGACGUUCCUAGAAAUAUUUGGAGGCAAACAUUACGGCCUCUGAGUGAUUUUGGGUUUGGCCGAAGGAGCAUUUGGGAAGGUGGGGUUGGGUUGUUUUUAGUGUCUGGUACAGUUCUUUUGGCACUCAGCUUGGCUUGGUUGAGGGGGUUCCAAAUCCGAUCCAAAUUCAGGAAGUACUUGGCUGUUUUUGAAUUUUCCCAGGCUAGUGGUAUUUGCACAGGAACACCGGUGAGGAUUAGGGGCGUAACUGUGGGCAAUGUCAUCGGUGUUAAUCCAUCCUUGAAAAGUAUUGAAGCAGUUGUUGAGGUUGAAGAUGAUAAAAUUUUUAUUCCUCGAAAUUCACUGGUUGAAGUGAACCAGUCAGGUCUUCUCAUGGAAACUAUGAUUGAUAUUACACCUCGAGAUCCAAUCCCAACACCUUCAGUGGGGCCUCUUGACCCAGAAUGUGUUAAAGAGGGUCUUAUUUUAUGUGAGAGGCAAAAGAUGAAGGGAUAUCAAGGAGUAAGUUUGGAUGCAUUAGUUGGGAUAUUUACCCGUCUAGGACGGGAAGUGGAGGAAAUUGGUGUUGCCAAUACUUAUUUGCUUGCUGAACGAGUAUCUUUAGUUAUUGAGGAGGCAAAGCCACUGCUUACAAAGAUCAAAGCCAUGGCUGAUGAUGUUCAACCUUUACUGGCUGAAGUUCGUGACAGUGGUCUGCUAAAGGAAGUUGAGAAUCUUACUAGAAGCCUUACACAAGCUGCUGAGGAUCUAAGAAGGGUGAAUUCAUCAAUUAUGACCCCUGAGAACACUGAGCUGAUUCAAAAGUCCAUUUACACCCUGAUUUUUACCUUGAAGAACGUUGAGAAUAUAAGCUCUGAUGUUUUGGGAUUCACGGGUGAUGAGGCUACAAGACGGAAUUUAAAAUUGCUCAUCAAGUCCCUAAGUAGGCUAUUGUGAAGACAUUUAGGUGGUGGUGGUGGAAAUAAUCUUGUAGCUUACAGCAGUAAAUUAAAAACACUAUCCUCCAUUUAUCAUUGUGGAGAGAAACCGUAGUGUUUGCUUCUUAUGGCCUUUCGUGUAUCUUGUUCGCACGGAAGCGCUCAAUGGUAUUAUUCUACAUGCAGCAAUCUCUUGUCUCGGCGGAAAUUUUAAUACAGGUUUUGUUUUGUUGACUGCUUUUCCUUUCCUUCACUAGAAUUAAAAACGUGGAUGACUUUCUGAGGAAUCUGUGUUGCUAUAUUAAGAAAGAAACUAGUGGUGCACUUGCACAAUAUGCAAUAAAAAAUUAUUCAUUUUUAAAUUA